AUGUCCGAGUCGCGCGCUGUGAUCGCUGCCAGAGCUGCACUGGCGAGCAUCGACCUCUCCUCCUAUGACCCUGAGCAGUCCAGGCUCAUGGAUGAGAGAUGUAUCCUUGUCGACGAGGACGACAAUGCCAUUGGAGCUGUAGACAAGAAGACCUGCCAUUUAAUGGAGAACAUCAACAAGGGCCUACUCCAUCGGGCAUUUUCUGCGUUCGUGUUCCGACCCUCCGACGGCAAGCUGCUGCUCCAGCAGCGAGCGUCGGAGAAGAUCACUUUCCCUGACAUGUGGACCAACACAUGCUGCUCACACCCUCUGGACGACUUUGAGGCUGAAAAAAUCGAGAAGGAUCAACUCGGUGUCCGCGUAGCUGCUUCACGGAAGCUGGAACAUGAACUCGGUAUCCCACCCAGUCAAACGCCCGUGGACCAGUUCCAAUACCUUACCCGCAUCCAUUACCUUGCCCCCUCCGACGGAAUGUGGGGAGAACACGAAGUUGACUACAUCCUCUUCUUCACCGGCGAUGUUACCGUGAACCCCAAUGCCAACGAAAUCCGGGACUACAAAUACGUUAGCAAAGAUGAAUUAAAAGCCAUGUUUGAGGAUCCGAGCAAUAGCUUCACUCCCUGGUUCAAGCUGAUCGCACGCGACUUCCUCUUUGGCUGGUGGGACGAACUCUACAAGCGCACUGAUGCACAGGGUAGGGUUGUAGCCCAAAACCUUGCUGGUGUUGCAGAUGGAUCCAAGGUCAUCAAGAUGUCAUAA